UUACGUGCGUCACGUGUGCAGCUAGCUAGAGCGAGCCGGAAGGGUACAGCAACGGUAACGACGCAGAUCACGCAGCUAGCUUCUCCCAUGUGACUUGUCACAGGGGAUUGCAACAUUAAGAACUGUUCAUCUUUGUCUCCGUUAUAUUGGGGAACACGCACUGUACACCAAAGGGAAGGGAGCUCAAGCGGGAACCGACAUGGCGACAUCAGGCCAGUGUGUUGUGAUCACCGACGAUGAGCAGGGGUACGAUCUGGAUCUGUUCUGCAUCCCAAAACACUAUGCAUCAGACUUGGAGAGGGUCUACAUCCCACACGGACUGAUUUUGGACAGGACAGAACGAUUGGCCAGGGAGAUUAUGAAGGAAAUGGGAGCGCACCACAUUGUUGCCCUCUGUGUGCUGAAAGGGGGCUACAAGUUCUUUGCAGACCUGCUGGACUACAUCAAGGCCCUGAACAGGAACAGCGACCGCUCCAUCCCUAUGACGGUGGACUUCAUUCGCCUGAAGAGCUACUGUAAUGACCAGUCAACAGGAGAAAUCAAAGUCAUUGGAGGAGAUGACUUGUCGACUUUGACAGGCAAGAAUGUGCUGAUUGUGGAGGAUAUUAUCGACACUGGGAAGACAAUGAUGACAUUAUUGCAACUCCUUAAACAGUACAAUCCCAAGAUGGUUAAAGUGGCAAGUUUGCUGGUGAAAAGGACACCAAGGAGUGUUGGGUACCGACCAGACUUUGUAGGCUUUGAGGUCCCUGACAAAUUUGUGGUGGGAUAUGCACUAGACUACAACGAGUACUUUAGAGAUUUAAAUCAUAUCUGCGUCAUUAGCGAAACAGGGAAGGAGAAGUACAAGGCAUGAAGAGGACCUUUUAUUUUUGGACGACUGGUUAUAUUUUUUAAAGACCAAUUUUAUUUUGGAGUGCAUAACAAAAAAAACGAUGCCUGCUCAGAUUAUCCAGGGGGUGCACGGGUAUUGUGAUAUUUUCGUUCUCUCCACUCCCAUAUUAUUCUGUUUCUUACCUCAGAUAAAGCCAUGUUUGGGAAAUACAGUAUGGCUGUAAGGUCAAUGGUCAAUAGUUAACCUUCAUGAAAUCUGAAAUGGUGAACCUUGUUACCUGUCUGUCCACAUUGUGUGUGAAUACUAAACUAGCUUCUGAUCAGACCCAAUGUUUGCUGCUAAAAUGUCAAAGAACGAAUAGCACUGAGGCAAUUUUCUCGGAAUCGUCAAGAUUUUUACUUUAUCUGAAUUUCAAUUUAUUACUGUAAUGGCAUCAUUGCUUCAGUCAUUUUGCAACAUUUUCAAAAAACAAGGAUGAAAAUGCAGCUACCGCUAAUUAAACAGAUGGGAGUACAGUUGCUUCAAUUCAAACUUUGCAGAUUAACGUGACAAUCUACACAGACACACAUUGGUAUUUUUUGUUUGUUUGUAUUGUGACCGUGAAUUGUAAAAAGAUUUUGGCAAUUAAGCUAACAAGUUAAAAUAUACAGUAAAAGCUGUGAUGAUUGAAUUUUAAGAAACUGGCUAACCACAAAUUAAUUGUAAAGACCGUUGUUUUCAUCACCCAGUUUUACUGAUGACUGCUCUUAAAAUAAUGGGAAAAUCGAAUUUUGUAUGUAUAUCUUGUAUUAAUAAUAGAUAGAUGCAUAAAAUAGACCCCCGAAUACUUUUGCUUGGACACCCGUGGAAUUCCAUGUGUUUUUUUACAAAUAUUUUUAAGUUUUUUUUUUUUUGACUGUACUUGAAAGUCACAGUUAUGUGAUUUUUAUCCCCGCAUUUCAAUGUUUUCACUUAUUCUGCAUGAAUGUUGUGGGAUGACAAUGUUGUCAUUCGCUUUUACAAGGAAAUCGCAAAUCAGGUGUUCUGUCCCAAAGCACAUAGAGGCCCAAGAUGAAUAGUGAUGAAUUUAUGAGUGGAGGGUUUUCUUUCUUUUAAAGCAAAACAGUUGAUCAUAUUGUGUACUAUAUGCGUCAAUUUUGGUAUAUAAACUGUUAUGUCUUUAUUUUUUGCUGUUUAAUCACGAAUACUCAAAAAAGAAACAAUUUUAGUUUUGACGUGUCAUAACUAGGCAGACCUGACCAAUGUGUUCAGCUUUAGCUCAACACAAGCUUUCAACCAGUGGUGUCACCCUUAUAAAGUACUAGCUGGUUCGCCGCAGCUCGUUCCUGCGGGAGGCUGGUAAGGUGGGCCUACGGCCCACAAAAGUGUUGUUGCUUUAUUCAACUUUUUGUUCAUCUUCAUUGCUUAUCGCGAAAAUGAAGAGAUGUUUAGCUCUACUAAAUAACUAACAAUUUCAUUGCAAUGCUUGUGGGUAGACAACAUUUUUUCGCUAAGAUGCCCGCGCGAAUGUCGUGAGCCGCUGCCUGAGCGGCGCAGUGGCGGCGCGUGGCGGCGCGGUGAAGUAGAUACGUUUUGAAAAGGGACAGACGGAAGGACAGACCGCGUGCGGGACGACGCGCAAUAUAUAGAUAGAUGUUUUGCUGUCUUGCACAAUAAAUUUGCACACCCUGA